AGAUUUUCUACGCAAGAAGUGAUGUUGUUAUUUUUAAUCCAUUCCUCCUUUUAGUUGUUGUUUCUGUUGUUUUUUGUACCUACUUUAAAACACUCUAAAAGCAGUGUUUAGUGUAAAUGGUUAACUAAUAAGUAAGCAAAACGAAGGGAAACAAAACCCCGGUUCUAAACCGAUGUGAUAGUGUAGUGUAGUGUAGAAUAUCUCCACACCGUGAUCCCCUCCACCCGACAAUGCAUCGUCUGAUGGUGCGUGGAGUAGUGCGUGGAGCAGCAGCUUCAAUAGAUAGCUCCAGCCGGUGGGUGCUCCCGGACCCGAAGCUGCUACACACGGCAAGGCCGUGCUUAUCGGACGCAGGCAGCAGCGGCGAUCGGCAGACACAAUCGCCGGAAACCAGCGCGUCAUCGGCGGCACCAUCAUCGACAGUUGAUAGUGCUGAUAAGCAGAACAAAUCGAAUAGUGAACGCGAACGGUCACAGCCAACUACAGCAGCAACAGCAGCUUCGACGCUCAGCGACAGCUUUGGACGAUUUCACAGCUAUCUGCGAAUAUCGCUUACCGAGCGGUGCAAUCUACGCUGCAAGUACUGCAUGCCGGCGGACGGUGUGCAGCUGACCCAGAAACAGCAACUGCUAACCAGCGCGGAGGUGCUCCAGCUAGCCAGCCUGUUCGUGGCGGAGGGCGUCCGCAAGAUACGGCUCACCGGCGGUGAACCCACCGUGCGCAAAGACCUGACCGAGAUCGUUGCCCAGCUGAAGGCCACCAAUCCGCUGCUCGAGAGCGUCGGCAUCACCACGAACGGCCUAAUGUUAACGCGCCAGCUCGUCGGGCUGCAGCGGGCCGGGCUCGAUGCGCUCAACGUCAGCCUGGACACGCUGCGGGCGGCCCGGUACGAGCAGAUAACGCGCCGGAAAGGCUGGGACCGGGUGAUGGCCGGCAUUGACCUGGCGAUCCAGCUCGGUUACCGGCCAAAGGUGAACUGUGUGCUGAUGAAGGGAGCACCAGCACGUUCUACCACCACCACCAACACAUCCUACGCACAAACCACCACCCUCUUCCAGCGCCGUCCAGCGCUGCAACAGCCCCACCGGCACUAUGCGUCGCUCAGCCACGUGGACGUACACACGGGCCGCGCCACCAUGGUCGACGUCGACGACAAGCUGUCCACGAAGCGGAUCGCCAAAGCGCAAGCGACCGUGUACGUUGGGCCUACCAUCGCGGCGCUGAUCGAAAACAACGAGCUGAAGAAAGGCGACGUCCUCUCGAUCUCACAGAUGGCCGCCAUAGUGGCGGCAAAGAAAACGUCCGAUCUGAUCCCACUGUGCCACAACAUCCCGCUGUCCUCGAUCAAGGUGGAAACGAACCUGAACAGCUCCACGCACGAGGUGCACAUACUGGCGAAGGUGAAGUGCGACGGCAAGACGGGUGUGGAGAUGGAGGCCCUGACCGCCGUUUCGAUUGCCGCCCUGACCGUGUACGACAUGUGCAAGGCGGUCUCGCACGAGAUCCUGAUCAAGAACAUUAUGCUGGUGGAGAAGACCGGCGGCAAGAGCGAGUUCUACCGGAAGCAGUUCAGUCACGAUGCGUCCACGCUGGAGUCGCGCACGAUGGAGGAGCGCACGCCGGAACGGAUGCCGCCAGUGCCGCCAACGCGCCCGUACCGGACCGAUCCGAUCGUCACGAACGAACAGUUUGUGCCGAUGUACAUCUGAAGGCCAAAAGUCAACCCCCGUCGUGUCGUCGUCCCCCAAUCCCAGUUAAAAAGCAAACAAAAAGCUACAUCCGCUUAGCGUAUGCGUAGCGUGCCGUUGUGUGCCUUUAUUCAUUAAGCAAGCGUUUCUUUCCUACACACAAACGCGCGCGCGCACCUCCUCAUCGAUCGUCCACAGCCGUUUGGCCCCAGUCCAGUGCCAUCCGGCUGCUGCCACGUGAUAUUGCCUGCAGCCGCACCACCAGCUCCCCGUACGUCUCGCACGCGAGACCCUUGUGUUUGGAGCCGUCGGCCAGUAUCUUGGGGUCGCGCAGUUCCGGAUUCACACCGCUCAGCCAGCUCAUUGCCGCGGAGCAGAGGUUCGAGUACUUCGGGAUGAAGAGUGGUGCUCUUAUUGUCCUCUCCGAGCCUGUGCCGCUCAGCGGACAGUGAACCCUCGCAUAGCCACGGUUCGUUUCCACGUUCCAGAUGUUGGCACCGUACAGGCUGAAGAUGAUUUGGGGCCAACCGUGCGGGUUGGUGGAUUUCAUCGUAAACUCUACCGGCAUGUUAAACACGACCGUGCGAUAGUCCGACUCGGUGCGGGCGCUCUGCGUGACGGCCGAUCGGAGACCGGAGACGAGUUCCCAGUCCGGGCCGGCCACAAUGUCGUACCGGCAGAACAGACCACCACCGUCCGGGCCCAUCGGGAAGUGGGCGGAUUCGAGCUGGCCCGUCACGGUCAGAUGGAAGAAGCUUUCACUCUCGCCGGAUGUUAGCUGCAGUUCGAGCAUCUUUUUUCACAACGAUAUACGAGCACACACGCGGGGGGACAUUCACGUGGACAUGCAACAGAAUUGAUUGGAAAAGUCGACCAAACGAACGAGCAAAACGAACACAAAACGCCAAGAACUUGCUUUGGAAGGAAAAAAAAGGAUGUGCAGAACACAACCGCUGUGGUUGUGUCGUGUUUUCUGUUGUGUUGCAACAUAUAACCAUUUCCAUGGCAACGCCACCAAUACACACACAAACCCAAAGGUGCGUGUUGACGUUGUAACAAGACGGUACAAGUGUAAGCAUUUUCGGGAAUUAUUUUGUUAGUGGUUAGCGGGUAAGUGAACAAAAAAAAACAGUGACAAACGUUUAGAAAUAGCGUUAGACUUCACACAGACGGGCAAUGCGAGCUCGUUACUGUGGGGAGAUAUAUCCUUUUUUAGGUGUAUGUACUUGUAUUUUACAUCACACAAUAAAUCACUUGCACAGACUAGUUAGAGGCUGUCUAUUGUAA